AUUAUUAUUAUUAUUAUUAUUAUUAUUAUUAUCAGCGCACAGCAUUGGGAUCACGAUGCUGCUGCUUAUUGUUCUUCUUACGCUGAGCUUCGCGCCCGGGAAAAGUUUUCCGUCCUACAGUUACGACGACGUGGAUGAUGAAGACCUGGCCGCGUUCGAUGACUACCGCGCGGAGGAGUUGGAGGAGAGGAGCGCGAGCGCGAGCGUGUGCGAGCAGUGCGUCCCGGAGCUGUGUCCGCCGGCGCAGGGCUGCAGGGCCGGGCUCGUGCGCGACUCGUGCGGCUGCUGCCUCGAGUGCGGGAGCCUGGAGGGACAGCCGUGCGACCCCGGAGACAGAAACGUCUACUACGGUCUCUGUGGAGAGGGACUGGAGUGUAAGACCGACGGAGACACGCAGGAGCCGCAGUGCGUGUGCGCGUCUCAGGACCCCGUGUGCGGAUCAGACGCUCGGACUUACACCAACCGCUGCAGGUUCAGAGAAGCCGCGUUCUCCACACCGGGACUGAACUCCAGCCGCGGGCCGUGCACGACCGUUCCUGUCAUCAAAGUCCCUCCACGUAACUUGGUGAACGUGACCGGCAGCAGUGCAGUGUUCCUGUGCGAGGUCUUUGCCUUCCCCAUGGCGCUGGUGGAGUGGAGGAAAGACGGAAAGGAGGUUGUUUUGCCUGGAGACGAUCCUCAUAUAUCUGUCCAGUCCAGAGGAGGUCCUCAGAAAUACGAGCUCUCUAGCUGGCUGCAGAUUGAGGACGCGACUCGGGAAGAUUCGGGGACCUACAGAUGCAUCGCCAAGAACGAGCUGGGAAACGUCUCGGCCACGGCGGUGCUGGGGAUUCUGCCACCGGACGAGAUGUCUGCCUAUUUAGAAGAACGCGUGAAGGAGUUGACGGGGUACGAUCCGAUCAGAGACUACGACGGAGACUAUUACUGAAGCGCUUUAGAGCAAAAGACUCGAGAAACUCUUCUUGAAGACGAAAACCGCCUGGCGUGUCCGCGAGAGACCUGACAUCUGGACCCACGACCCGCUCAGAACCCGGAGAGGAACACGACGCAGCACGCUGACAUGAAAGGAAAACACACACGACACACUAGACCUCGACAAAGCCAAGAGCCACCCUGAUGGAUGUAGAGCGUCCCAGAUGGAGGCUUUAAUCAGAAGGAUGAAGAUGUCUUUUGUUUGAACUGCGGCUCUUUAUAUUUCCUCUUGUGAUGUAGGCCGUAAACUCAGAGAACGUUCCAGACGCACCGGAACUCUCUGCUCUAAUUUCAUUCUCAAUAGAUCCCUUUCUCCAGUCUCUAUAUUUUUCCAUAUGAGUUCACGGGUGCUCGAGUCCCAGACGGAGGAGGAGCUUCGUCCACAGCUGGUCUUCUUUAAGAGCUUCUGUCUUAAAGCCCGAGCACAGACAUCCCAUUAUAUAUCUAUAUCUAUAUAUAUAUCUAUAUUUUAAUAAGCUGCGCGCACUCAUCGUGUUUAAUAAAAACCCGAGCUACUCUGGACUGAAUACUGACAUACUUUCACCUUAACCCUGUUUCCUCUCUUCAGCUGAGUCUUUACAUGACCACUCUCGCAUGAGAAAGCUGUGGAAAGCGAGAUCUUUGAGGGUUUCUUUUUGGUUGUAUUAUUUGAUUCAGACUCGAUAUAGGUCGAUUUAUUAUCAUGUGUAUGUUAUUCAAUGUCUUGCUUUGUUUUUAAGUACUUAUGUAUACUUAUAUAAAGCGUUUGGCAGACGCUGUUAUCCAGAGCGACUUACAUUUAUCUCCUUUAUUCAUUCGAGCGGUUGAGGGAUAAGGGCCUUGACCAAGGGCCCAACACUGGCAGUGUGAACUCAUGACCUUCUGAUCAGUGGCCCAACAUCCUAACCACUGAGUUCCCCCUGCCCUACAUCAGGAACCUUUCGUGUUCGUGUUCAUGUUCAUGUAACUACACUGCGGUAUUUUCAGCAGCGCAUUUACAGGUUGUUUUAUACCUUACCCUUGUUUUUAUUUACAAUAAAACACUCAAAAACUUUGCUUUGUGUUGGUAUGUCGUUUGUGUCUGGAUAUUUGAUAUCUGGAAAAGUGCUCAGACUCUCGCCGGGUUAAAAAUACUCCAGCAGGGUUGACGUUUGAGAACUUCAGAGGUGGAUAAGAUUUCUACACUCUUGUGAGACUCUGUUUUUCCUCCGAGUCUGAUUAGAGCCGCAGCGUUAACUCGCCUCUAUGGAAUCAGUUCAGUGCUGUCCAGUUUCCGUCAGACUUGUACAGGAGUACAGGAGAAGUAAUUGGGGGAUUGGACGAAAGCCCAGAAGCCGGAGCAGGGGGCUUCCCUGAUUUCCCAAACCAGCCGUUAAUGUCCUGCAAUGAAAAGACAUUACUGGCACAGAGAGGAGUUCAGUUCAGCUCCAUGUAGGCAUUCAGACGGACGGACGGAUGGAUGGAUGAAUGGUUAGACUGUGUCCUGUGGAAAAAAGAGCUGAAAAUAAAAUUAAACAAUGUGUGAAAGCGGAAUGUAAAUUCACUUCCUGUUUCCUGCUUGCAGUGAACGUUCCACGGACUCACAAGCAACUACCACAUGAGGUGUUCCUGUAGAACGCACGCUGCCACAUGGU